AGCAGGAGGAGGAUCCCGCGCGCGGGCUGGCGAUGGAGCUUUGGCGGGCGUUGCUGGGAUUGCUCUACCUGCUGGGCUGCUCCGGCUCUUCCCAGCACUCUCUGCAGUAUCAGUACGUGGUGGUAUCCGAGCCCAGUGAGGGGCUGCCCCAGUUCUUCAUGAUGGGCUAUCUGGAUGGCCAGCUCAUCACUUACUAUGACAGCCAGAAGAAGGAGAAAAUACCAAAGGUGUCCUGGAUGAAGGAGGUGGAAAAGGAUGAUCCCGACUAUUGGAAGGAUGGAAGCAACAUCUUGAGGGCCACCGAGCAAGUGUUACAAGAAGACCUAAGGAAUGUCCAACACCGCUACAAGCAGUAUAGAGGGUUUCACAUAUGGCAGACCGCUUAUGGCUGCGAGCUCAGAGGAAACAGAAGCAUAAGAGGUUAUUCGCAAUACGGCUACGACGGGAGGAGCUUCCUCAUCUUCAAUAAAGACACCCUGAGCUGGGUGGCUCCCGACCCGCAGGCCCAGAUCACCAAGAUGAAUUGGGAUGCUAAUUUGCGGUGGUCCCAGAGAAAUAAAUUGUACCUGGAGGAGGAAUGCAUUGAGUGGUUGAAGAAGUACCUCUCCUAUAGGAGGAAAGAGAUGCUGCCGUGGACAGAGCCCCCAGUGGUGACAAUGACCAGAAGGACAGAGGUGGAGGAUGGGAUGGAGACGCACAUCUGCCGCCUGGAUGGCUUCUACCCCAGGGAGAUCGAUGCCUCCUGGAGGAGGGACGGGGAGGUCUGGCUGGAGGAGACCUUCCAUGGGUCUCUGGUCCCCAACGCGGAUGGGACCUACCACUACUGGCUCAGCAUCCAGAUCGACCCCAAAGAGAGGGGCCGCUAUCGGUGCCACGUGGAGCACGACAGCCUGCAGGAGCCUCUGGAUAUGGCCCUGAAAGAACCAAAAUCCAACCUGGGGAUCCUCAUCGGCUGCGUUGUGGCUGCUCUUGUCCUGGCGAGUGUGUUUGCUGGGAUCCUGGUAUUCUUCAAUAAAUCUUUGGAUGGCUACAAAGCAGCAACAACAAGUGACGAAGGAUCCAACCAUUCAGACUGGGGGAAGAACCAGGCCAUUUAGUAGCCUCCUCACAGAUUUUAUCCAGAUUGCCAUUAGUGGAUUUUCAUGAUGUAGAAAAAUGGAACAUGAGAUUGAUUGUACUGCGCUUCUCUUCCUCUAAUCAUUGCUCCCAUUCUGUAAGAAUUCCAAAAGUGUUUGCUGAAAAUAAAUGCUUUUGUUUUCUUCUCACCUGAGUUUGCUGCCUGUUUUGGGUGGUUGAAAAUGGGAGGGAU